UACUACACAGUAGCAACCUUUUUCUGUGCCAGCAAACCCACAAAUUUCAUGUCAAUUUUUGCAAACUAAGAGAACAGCUAACAUUAACACAUCGCAACAUAUAACAGGACAAAAUUUUCUAAAUGCCAAAAACAUCCCUGGGCGAAACAACUUAUGCCAUGUCCUAUCAUAGCCAUCACCAGCAUAUCAUAGGGCAUUCUGAGAGUAACAAGACCGGGGCUUAGGUAAGAAUACCUUACUUCAAAAGUAAAACAAGGAAUAAAAAGGAGAAGGACGUAAUAAAUCGAAACCACUCCACUCCUCCCAUCAUCAUCCUUCCAGGGUAGCACAAGAGUAGAGGAAAAUAUGUCACUAGAAGAUGAUGAGUCAGAGAUCACCUGCUUGAAGAAGGAGCUCCUAGUUUCUCUCGCAAAGAACAACGUUCUAGAGAAAGAUAAUCAGGAACUACGACAAGAAGUAGCCCGUCUUCGAGCACAAAUAAGCUCCCUUAAAGCACACGAUAAUGAGAGGAAAUCCAUGCUCUGGAAGAAAUUACAGAACCCCAAUGAGAGCUGCAACACAGAUGCAACUCAACAGAAAACAUCGGAUUUUGUUAAAAUUUCUGAACUGAGGCGUGAAAUAGAGAAUUCGAGUCCACAGCCAAAUUUCCAAGAUUUAGCAGCAAAGAAGGAAAGGGCAUCUAAAAUACCAAAACCACCGCUAAAGCCACCUGCUGCCAUCACCACAUCUAUCAAGGAGGUAAACGAAAAUGAAAGUAAAGAACCAUCAAUACCAGUGCCGCCACCCCCACCAUUGCCAUCUAAAUUGUUAGUUGGGUCUAAAUCUGUGCGCCGGGUGCCUGAAGUAGUGCAGUUGUAUCGCUUACUAACAAGGAAAGAUUCUCACCUGGAGAACAGGAACAAUCAUUCAGCAAAUCCAGCACCGGUAUUCGCCAAGAACAUGAUUGGAGAAAUUGAGAACCGCUCCAGUUAUCUUUCGGCUAUUAAAUCCGAUGUAGAACGAAAGAAAGAAUUCAUCAAUUUCUUAAUCAACGAGGUGGAGUCUGCAGCCCACAGAGAGAUAUCUGAAGUUGAGACAUUUGUCAAGUGGCUGGACAAGGAAUUAUCUUCGCUGGUAGAUGAAAGGGCAGUUUUGAAGCAUUUCCCACAAUGGCCAGAAAGAAAAGCAGAUGCCUUGAGGGAAGCUGCUUUCAAUUACCGGGACCUGCAGAACCUUGAAUCUGAGGUUUCAUCAUUCGAGGACAACCCAAAAGAAUCUUUAGUGCAGGCACUGGGAAGGAUUCAAGGAUUGCAAGACAGGUUGGAGGAAAGUGUAAAUAAUAUGGAAAGAAUGAGAGACAGUAAAAGCAGCAGAUACAGAGAAAUGCAGAUUCCCUGGGAAUGGAUGCUGGAGACAGGGCUAAUUGGUCAGAUGAAAUUAAGUUCAUUGAGGUUAGCCAGGGCAUACAUGAAGAGAAUAACCAAAGAACUGCAAUCAAGCAGAUGCCCAAGUGAAAGAAAUCUCAUGCUUCAAGGGGUUCGAUUUACUUACCGAGUCCACCAGGUAGUGUCAAACUAUUCAGAAUUAAAAUUCCUAUAUAUCAGUCUUGCUAAUGUUAACUAUCAUAACAUUCAGUUUGCAGGUGGUUUUGAUGGAGUAACAAUACGUACAUUUGAAGAGCUGAAGAAAGUCGGGAUGGGCAUGCACAAACAAUAGCAUGUUGCUUAAGUGGUUAAGACGUGUAUAAAUUAUAUGUUAUUAGAAGUAAGAUAAAAGGAAAGUGGGAAAAAAUUUAUUUCUGCUCUGGCCUGAGAGAAACAUUCACGUUUUAGCAAUUUAUCCACCCUUCCCCAAUGAGCGAAUGUAAUGCACAGUUAAAAAAUUAUUAGCAGCAAA